AUGGGAGGUUGGUCGGUGUCCACGAGCGAGCUUGAAUUCGUGACCCGCGAGUCAUUACUCGCAAGGUCGCGACGGGGGUCACGUGUGGUGAGCUGCAACUCGUGCUUGAAGAAACUUCAAGAGGUCUUAGUAGUCAAACUUACAAGGAUGGCAAAUAAAGUCGGAGCCAAAUGCAAAGAUACAAUUAACAUAUUAACCGAAAAGAUAGUUUUAUGGACAUCAAAUUUGAAGAAAAAGGCGGAUAAGCUGAAAGAGGCCACCCUACGUAAUUCUAAUGAAUUCGCUUCCACUGUUUCUGAAACUGUGAGACGAGUUGCCGGGGACUGGAAGGAAGGGGUCCACAGAUUUUCACACAAGUUCAAGACAUAG